AUGUCACGAUCGCCUCUCCCCGCACCCGCACCCGCACCUCCAGCACCGUCUGGCCUUAACCUCAAGAACAUCCAAGGGGACAUCUUGAGCGGUCUUCCCAAGAAGACCGAAACAUGGUAUUUCUUCCAGAUUAGCAACCCCACCAAGUUCAGGAAGGAUUUCCGCAACUUCAUCCCUCUUGUCAAGUCCGCCGAUGGGGUCCUGGAAGACCGCAAGGCCAUCGACAAGCACAAGCGCCAACAGGGUGGCGGUUGGAAGCCCCACCUCAUCCCUAUCGCCGGUGUCAAUGUGUCUUUCUCGCAUUUCGGUUUCCAGAAGCUGGGGAUCGAUGACGCGAAACUCAUCGACACUGCCUUCCUCACUGGGCAACGCAUUGACGCCGGUGCGAACCUCGGCGACAAGGGCACUGGCACCGGGCCCAACUUUGUCCCUGACUGGGAGGAGCCGUUCAAGCAGGAGAUCCAUGGCGUCUUCAUCAUCGCGGGGGAAAGUCACCCCACCGUUGACAAGAAGAUUCAGCACAUCGAGCAAAUCUUCGGUCUUGGAAAUGCUUCUUCAAUCAAGAAGCUCAUUGCGAUUCGUGGUGACGUUCGUCCUGGAGCCCUCUCCGCUCAUGAGCACUUCGGAUACCUCGACGGCAUCUCCAACCCGUCCAUUAUCGGCUUUGACACCAACCCUCCUCUCGGCCCAGCCCCCAUCCGUGCUGGAGCCAUCAUCCUUGGACAUGACGGCGAUUUGAACAAGGACAACCGCGCCCCGUGGAUGGUUGAUGGGAGCUUCCUCGCCUUCCGCUGGCUCUUCCAGAAGGUGCCCGAGUUCGACGACUUCCUCAACCGUAAUGCGCUUCAAGGCCCUGGCAUGACGCGCCAGCAGGGUGCGGAUCUCCUUGGUGCUCGUUUGGUCGGAAGGUGGAAGAGCGGUGCCCCGAUCGACAUCACGCCCUUCGACGACGACCUCGAAAUCGCUGCGGACCCGAAUAGGAUCAACAACUUCCACUUCACCGCCGAGACUAAUUUCCAGAAGCUUUGCCCAUUCGCUGCGCACGUUCGCAAGACCCUCCCGCGCGCCGAUCUCGAGUUCCGGGGUAUCUCGCUCGAGAAGAACCGCAUCGUUCGUCGCGGCAUCCAAUUCGGGCCCGAGGUCACGAAGCAAGAAAAGGUGGCGAAGAAGACGUUCCAUGGAAGAGGUUUGCUGUUUGCAUGCUACCAGAGCAGCUUGACGGAUGGCUUCCAGUUCAUUCAGCAGAGCUGGGCAAAUAACCCCACCUUCCCGCCAUUCGAGACGACACCUGAGACGCCUGGACUCGACCCCAUCAUCGGCCAAGGACCAAAUCGCGAGCUCUCCGGCUACGACCCCAACGACCCUAGUAAGGUCCUGAAGCUCGACGAUCUAUGGGUCGUUCCUCGUGGAGGAGAGUACUUCUUCUCCCCUUCAAUCAAGGCUAUGAAGGAUCUCAUUGCUGCUCCAACCUGA